AGGCGAUAGUCAUCAUCAGGCUAGGUGAUUUGCUUUUCCCUAUAUUGUAUCUCGAUUGCUCGAUCUUUCCUUUCCUUUCCUCUUCUCUCACAUCUCUUUCGAAGAGAUUAUAUAUACACAAUACCCAAACAGACCAGUAUUCAAACAAUACACAAGUAGCUAUGGACAAGAUCAAGCAGCUCCUGACACCCGGACACAAGCACCAUGAUGAGGACGUCCAAACAGACGCUACUGCUCCCGAGAGCGUGAGCAAGCCUGCAACAGAGACGAGCUCGAGCACGACACCGCUGCACACCACCGCAGAAUCGGAGAAGAAAGAGCACGGUAUCCUUCGUCAAAUUCUCAACCCUGGAGGUGAGAAGUACGACAGCCAAGCCUAUGGAGACAAUGCCACCACAACUUUGGGCUCUUCAGAGAACCCUACCCAGCUGGUGACAGCAGCCGGUGUGGAGAAGAAAGACCACCCCGUUGCAAGACAGAUCCUCAACCCGGAUGGCAACAAGUACGAUCCCAUCGCAUACGUGGAAUCGGAGCUUUUGGCAAAGGUCCACGAGGCCCCCGCUGUGGAGACUACCACUCCGGCCGUUGCCCACGAGACCUCUCCUGUAGCAUCCACAGUUCCAGCUGAAGUCAUUGCUUCACAGGAAAAGGCCCACACUGAGCCUGAAGCUGCAGCAAACCCGGAGGCCGUUGUUGAGAAGAGUGCGGUCGAGUCAGAGCUCCUCGCAAAAGUUCCCGAGGCACCUGCUGCCGAAACCACACCUGCGAUCACCACACCUGGUGCUCUCGAGAGCUCUGCUGUGGCAACCGCUGUUCCUGCUGCAGUCAUUGCAUCGCAGCAUGAAGCGCACGUUGGGCCAGAGGCUGCCUCGAACGCAGAGGCUGUUGUAGAGAAGAGCGCGGUUGAGCAGGAGCUCCUUUCAAAGGUGCAUGAGACGCCUGCAGCUCCGGCCACCUCUCAAGAAGCGCCAGCUGUUGCCGAUGAGGCUCAUCCUGUUAGCACUAUUGUCCCUGCAGCUGCAGGUGGUGCGUUGGCUGGAGCUGCCAUUGCUUCUCACACUAAGAAUGAUAGCGUGGUUACGCCUUCAUCCGUAGAGCAGAUCAACAAGCCCACCGGCGCCAACGACGUAGAGGCUGCUACGUACACGUACAGCUCGACUCCUGUCGGAAUUGGCGCCUCGACCACCCAGGCCGAUGUCAACAGCAUUGCCAACUUGAGCGCUCGUCCCGAGGGUGAAGGUGUCUCAGCAGAUGCGCCCAGCGUUGGCGUCAUCCAUGGACACGCCAUCCAUGACAUCGAACAGGAUGCCGGUGCUGCGAAUGUUGGUGCGGUCGCCAGCACUGCUGCUGCUCACCAGUUGAACCAGCCUCGCGCUGACAACGACAUUGCCGAGGCCACCGUCGUUGAGCGUUCAUACCCUGUCGGCACGACGAGCACUGCUGAACCGACCUUGGCCGCAGAGCCAGGACACUCGAGCGCGCUUCCCAUCGCAGCCGCAGCAACAGCUGGCGUUGCUGGUGCUGGACUUGCGGCGCACUCCACCACUCAUGGCUCUACUACCAACGAAGCGGCCUCCAAGACCGAAGGUGUUUCGGCGGCUGACACUGUGGCCGAGCCUGCGAAUGACUUCCCGGCACCCGCCACCGUCAAGGAGGCCACUCCUGCCGCUUUGCCCGUCGUCGCCGCGGCCGGUGUCGUCGGUGGCCAUGAGUCACAUGCCGAGCACAGCAGCAAGCACGCGGAGGCCCCAGCCGGCACUGCCAAGAAUGGUCCUUCUGCUGCAGACACUGUGGCCGAGCCGGUGAAUGAUUUCCCGGCACCUGCCACCGUCAAGGAGGCCACUCCUGCCGCUUUGCCCGUCGUUGCCGCUACAGGUGUCGCUACAGGCGACUCCUCGUCCGCCGCGCACAGCAGCAGCAGCAACCCUAUCCAAACCACUACCAACACAUACUCGAGCCCCCAUCUCGAUGGAGCCUCUGCACCAAUCACCACAGGCCCGCACAUCUCUGACACCGUCAAUCGACUCGACCCGAGCGUCCCUCUGGCUUCGGAGUCUGCCUCAGCACAGGGAAGCAGCAGCGCCGGUGUCACCGCUCUUCCUCUGGCUUCGGAGUCUACCUCAGCACAGGGAGCUAGCCACACCGGUGUCACUGCUCUCCCUCACAUGUCAGACAGGCACGAACGCAAGCUCCAGGAGGCUCGUGAGGAAGAGGCCGCUAUCGGCGGCGACCGCGGCGAGAAAGAGCAUGGGAUCUUGCACAAGAUCCUGCACCCGUUCCACCACGACAAGAAGGAGGAGAACGUACCGCCCACGACCGUCGCGGGCGAGGUCGUCGAUCGCAGCUCGCUUGACGCUCCGGCCACCGCGACCUCCACCUCCAACACGACCUCCAGCACCUGAUUGAUCCACGUACGGGACUUCCCACCGAUCCGCUGAAAACGCACACCUCCACGAGUCAGGAGCCUACCUCCCACUCGGAAUCAGUGGAGCCGCGAACUUCGACCGCGUUGGCGGGCGGGCCUGACUGGGAAGCGAUCAACAAGGCCCAGUGAGGUGUUGAAAAAGCGCAAUGAAGGGCACGAAUCUACAGUAUGCGCGAGAGAUGGUUAUGAAGAUUACGAAAUUGUCUUUUGAUUGACGAAAAGUGUAAU